UCACACAGUCUUUAGCCAAUCGAGUUUCCAGGCCUAAAAUUGGGUCUUAAUCUCGCGCUGUCUAUUUGGCAGUUUGAUUGAUGUCCUCGAGCGCGCGGGGGGCGGGGGGCAAACAAUCCAGCCUCGCUCUCCUGUGUGCGCACACAGACAGAUACACACACGUGCGCCCGCGCUCACUAGAUAACGACCGGAGCUCGAGACGAAGAAUCGCCCAGACAGAAGGGUCCAGGGAGCGGCGCGUGGAGCAAUCCCUGUUCCUCGCGCCGGAGCGGGGGGCUCUCCAUAGCGGAGGCCAUGGAUCACUUAGGGAUACUGGGGGCGCAUCUGCAGCAGCACACGCACGUGGAGCCCAUCACCUUCGGCAUCGAUCAGAUCCUCAGCAACGUGGAGCAGAGCUGCAUGCUGGGCAUGAGGAUGCACGAGCCGGACUACGGACACGCGGCUUACAACAGCAGCUCGAACGGCGGCAUGAGCGGCGGCUUCUCGUGCGCUAACGCCGGAUAUAACGGCACCACCAGCUCCUGCGGGGUGGCUUCCCUAGGCGGAGCCUACAUGAACAUGGGCGUGAAUGCGAACGGGCCUAACGUGAACGCCACCGGGGUCAUCCGUGUCCCCGCGCACCGGCCUCUGAGCUGUGGCAACUCCUCUGCGCCGCCGGGGAGCGGGACCAUCAACACCCUGCCCGCGCUGACCUUCCCCUGGAUGGAGAGCAACCGACGCUACACUAAAGACAGGUUCACAGUGUCCCUCUCACCCCUGACUGUAACACGUCGUGUAGGUCAUCCCUACCAGAACCGGACGCCUCCUAAGAAGAAGAAGCCUCGGACGUCCUUCACCCGGCUGCAGAUCUGUGAGCUGGAGAAACGGUUCCACCGGCAGAAGUACCUUGCGUCUGCUGAGCGGGCCGCCCUUGCCAAAGCCCUGAAGAUGACUGAUGCUCAGGUCAAAACCUGGUUCCAAAACAGACGCACCAAAUGGAGGCGGCAGACGGCGGAGGAGCGGGAGGCGGAGCGGCAGCAGGCCAACCGGAUCCUCAUGCAGCUGCAGCAGGAGGCCUUCCAGAAGACCGUCAACCAGCCGGCUACCCCGGACCCGCUGUGCCUGCAGAACAGCUCUCUGUUCGCCCUGCAGAACCUGCAGCCCUGGACAGAGAACACCGCCAAGAUCAGCAGCGUGUCGGCCUGCGAGUAGAGUCAACACAGGACCUCCAGCUGGAGGGCGCGCGGGCUGGAGCCUGCUGAGGAGCUCAGUGCAAAGGGAGGCCCGAUGCAGGACUGUCUUACAGAUCUUGGUUAUCAGCUCCUGUCCGGCUCUUAUUAUCACCCACCUUCCGUCCAUGUUCCAUGGCACUGGUGCAGCAGCUACCAGCACACUUCAGAGGGGUCCCUCAGCACUACUCCUAUGAGGGUCCACAUUCUGAGCUGUAAGCUCCUGGACUGAAUCCCUGCUUCAGCCCUGCACUCACCAGACUGACAUUUUGGAAGUAUUUCGGAGGCAUCAUGAUGAAGAGUGUUCUUCAUAAAACUGCACAAAGCCCAUCAGAGGAGCGGGACAGACGGGCGACAAGUUCCCUGAUGAUGUGAACCCUGUAACCAAGGAGAAGGGGGGUCCUCGGGGGCCGGAGCCCACCCGCUACGGAGACUGGGAGAGAAAGGGCCGCUGUGUGGACUUCUAGUUCAUUACCCAUAAAUCUGAUACAUCACACCUGUAUUAUGGAGAUGUAUAGUCAGUUGCACUUUGAAAACCAUUGAUUGUGUUUGCGGUGCACUCCAAAUCUGAGUUUCUGAUCAGAAGGUGAGCUCUGUUUCUGAAUGUAUUGUAUGAAUACUUACAGGGAACAAAGAUAAUUAUUUAUACAUUUUGGACGAAUGGACUCGUGUAUCCUGAAUUUUGUUCAAGGGGUCAUGCUCCAAAAACAAAAUGUCAUCAGAAAUCACUUAAAUACACGAGGCUCCAAGACAUGUUUAGGUGUUUUGUUUCAGGCUAGAGUGAGACGUGGUUCUGAGUGCUGGUCCUGUAUGCUCACUGUGUUCUCUCCACAAGUAUGAAUGUUGAGAUCAAUAAAAGGAAAGAUGGUUCUAUGUACAA